AUGGCCAAAGCAAAAGUUGCUGCACCCUCGGGCGGCAAAGCCGCCAAAAAGAAGAAGUGGUCCAAGGGAAAGGUUAAGGACAAGUCUCAGCACUUAGUCACACUCGACAGGCCCACAUACGACCGUGCCUUGAAGGAAGUCCCCACCUUCCGUUUCAUCAGCCAGUCUAUCCUCAUUGAGAGGCUGAAGAUCGGUGGAACCCUUGCGAGAGUUGUGAUUCGGCAUCUGGAGAAGGAGGGACAGAUUAAAAGAAUUGUGCACCAUUCAAGGCAGUUGAUCUACACACGAGCAACGGCGGCAUCGACAGAUUAG